CAACAAAAAUGACUACUAUUAGCAUCAAUGCUGCAAUGCACAGAGCUUGCAGCUCUCCUCACAUAGCAACCAAAGAACCAUCUCAGCUAGGAACAACGCGGUCUUUAGGAACCAAACAGGCCUCUACAAUAGUAUCUCUGAAUGUUGAAGGGCAAAGCAGUCUAAACAAACCUCAAGAACAAAACCACGACAAUAUUGGAGUCGAGACGGGUGAUGAAACAGAAAUUUCCGGGGUCAAAUUCACUGAUGACCGAUGGAAACAUGGGACUUGGGAUCUGAACUUGUUUGUAAAAUCUGGAAGAAUGGAUUGGGAUGCUUUGAUUGUUGCUGAAGCAAGAAGGCGAAAGUUUCUUGAAUUGUAUCCAGAAGGAGCAACAAAUGAAGAUCCUGUUCUGUUCAGAAGUUCGAUUAUACCUUGGUGGGCUUGGAUUACACAUUCUCACCUUCCCGAGGCUGAGUUACUCAAUGGUCGUGCGGCAAUGAUUGGGUUCUUUAUGGCCUACGUUGUGGAUGGUUUGACUGGGCUCGGCGUAGUGGGGCAAAGUGGUAGCUUCAUAUGCAAGAUUGGUUUGUUCAUGACAGUCCUUGGUGUAGUCUUUUUUAGGCAAACCAAGUCUCUAGAGGAUCUCAAGAAUUUAGCAGAUGAAGCUACAUUUUAUGAUAAACAGUGGCAAGCAUCAUGGAAAAAUGCCUCCGGAAAAAGCAAAACUAAUGUAAGAGAAAAUGUGCUUUUGGAGUUCAAGAAUAGCCUCGUUGAUGGUGCAAACCGGCUCGUAUCAUGGAACAGUAGCAACGAAGAUUGCUGCAAAUGGUAUGUUCCUGAUUGCUGGACAUCCUGGGAAUUCUUAAAUAACUUGAACCUCCAAAAUAAUAAUCUCACUGGUGCAAUCCCAAAAUCUUUGGCUAAUCUAUCCUCUCUAGAAUCAUUAAACAUGCGCAACAACAAGCUCUCGCAAGAAUUACCCCUGGAUCUAAUGAAUUCAAAGAGCUUAAAGAUCAUUGACCUUGCUGAAAUGAACUCACUGGAAGCAUACCAAUAUCAACGGGCAGAGAAGCUACGGUUUUAA